AUGCCCCUAGCUGGAGCCGCCGCCUGCGUCCUAGCUCUUGCCGAAUUUACCUCACACCGCCACCUAACCCUGUCAGCAGUUGAGGGGGCACAGGAGCCUCCACUCGACCAGAGGACAUUGCCUGAGUUUUUUACCAACGAAAUCCUCGCUAACCAUCGCGCACGUCCGGCCCUCAUUUGUUCUCACGAACUUCCCCGACCCCACGGAGGCCCUCUGUCACGGAAUUUAGGCGUAGAAGGUCAUCUAGCUUGGGACUUCGAUGAGUUCGACAUGAACAUUUCCGCUCUCGCUCGAGGACUUGUUGGGUUAGGCGUGAAGAAAGGUGACAGAGUCGCCAUUGUCAUGGGUAACAAUAGCGCGUAUGCAAUGCUCCAGUGGGCGUGUAGCAUCAUUGGUGCUAUUUCGGUAACUGUCAACCCAGCAUACCGCGUCAACGAGCUCAUCGACACCCUCCGACUCGUUGGUGUCAAUCAUGUAUUCCUGGUCCCGCAGAUCCGGAAGUCAUCCUACCUCAGUCUUCUCGCUGAUGCGCUUCCGUCCCUGCGCGACGCUAGUCCCGGUAAUAUCCAGGAGGAACAGCUGCCAGAACUCAAACACAUCGUCGCCGUCGACAACCUGUCAGAUCUCAAGAAAUUUCAAGAAAUCCAGCAAAAUAUCAAGUGCGUAGCAGACUUCCGGGAGGUGCUGAUCUGGGGAGAUGAUGGCAGGGAGUCGCGGGCAGUGGAGGAAAUGACACGGUCCCUCCAUAAGGACGACAUCAUGAACAUGCAGUUCACUAGUGGUACUACUGGUUCACCAAAAGCCGUCUCGCUAACACAUCACAACCUCUUAAACAACGCUCUUUCGAUUGGGGAUGCGAUGCGUCUGACGGAACAUGACGUCGUUUGGAAUCUUGCUGCUUGGGCUUAUGGCUCCUGUAUUGUCUACCCAUCUGAAAUUUUCGACCCUCCGUCGAUUGUCGACGCCCUUGUACAAGAACGGUGUACUGCGCUGCACGGUGUACCCACCCACUUUUACGGCGUACUCGCAGAGGUGGAGCACAGACAGAAAGUGGGCUCUACCUUGGAUCUCAGUCGUCUACGAACAGGUAUUGCAGCGGGAUCGCCUAUCCCAAUCGGGCUCAUGAGGAAGCUGAUUGAAAACCUGAAUCUCCGCGAUCUGACGAUUGCAUACGGGAUGAGUGAGAGCCUCUCCGACGUUCGUCCGACUCCCGUGUCCUUCCAGACUACCAUCGACGAUCCUAUUAUAAAGCGAGUGGAGACUGUCGGCAAGGUUCGGCCUCAUGUCAAGGCCAAGAUCAUUGAUGAGGGUGGCAAUGUCGUACCCAUUGGAACACCAGGAGAGCUUCUCGUCUCUGGUUACCUUGUUCAAAAAGGAUAUUGGAAGGACGAGGAACACACCCGAGCUGUCAUCAAGAGAAAUCCAGAUGACGAUGAGACGCUAUGGAUGCAUACAGGCGACGAGGCUGUCAUGGAUGAACAAGGUUACUUGCGGAUCAUCAGUCGGAUCAAGGAUAUCGUCAUUCGUGGGGGAGAAAACCUAUUCCCUGUCCAAAUAGAGAACGUCCUUUCCGCUCAUCCCUCAAUCAUCGAGGCCGCGAUCGUUGCCGUGCCUGACGUGAAAUAUGGCGAAGUCGUCGGUGCGUGGAUUGUCUCCAAACCCGAUGGGAAUCUCUCUCGUGAGGCCGUUCGCAAGAUAGUAGGGGAAAAGAUUAACCCUCAGAAUGCACCGGCAUGGGUUUGGUUCAUUGGAGAGAGCGGAACACCCGAUGAGCUGCCGAAGACUGCUAGUGGAAAGGUACAGAAGCAUAUCUUGCGGAGUUGGAGUCGCGAUCUAGCAGAGAAGGGCAUUGGUCUCGUCCAGCAAUGAGUGGAGAGGUGGUCAUCUGUUUUACUGAUGUUGCUUCAAUUAUGAUGAAUCUGAAUCCUCGCCUCGUCGGGCUGUAUCC